CAGAGGUGGAGAGAGGGAGGCAGCUUGCGGGGAGAGAGUGAAGUUUGACAACUGAGAGGAAGGAGCAGAUGCAGGCAAGACUUGGUGGAGGGAUGGAAAAGCGCAGAGUCUGUGGAAAAAUAAAGCAUAAAUGAAGGAGUGGCUGCUGGUGACGGAACAGAUAGAUUUCAGGGAAUAAUCAUAGUCAGACGACACUGACAUGAUGUGGACAACAACUGUCCUCCUGCUGCUUGUGCCUCAUCUGCUCUCCUCCACAGACACAGGAAACAGUGCUAAUUUUAAUGAGUCAGAAAUAAUCAAUGAGGACUUCUCCGACACUCCUGACAAAGGCGAGAAACUUCCCAGAGGGGUCAAAGGUCGGGACGCAUGCUCCAUCCCGUGUGACAUCACUGUCAAGCUGCUGCGAGAUGAGAAACAUUCAAUUUGUGGUCAGUUACAGCAGUCUCUGUUGGGAUUUGGACGCAGCACCCGCAAGCUGAUCAGGGAUGUGAUGGAGGAGCAACAGAGAGCCCUGGACAUCCUCAGCAGUCAGGUCACAGAGCUGAUGACCAAAGUGCAGACGCUCAGCUUCGAGGUUCAGAGAAGCAACGCUGAGAUGUACUCCAUCAAACCUGUGCAAUCCCAUGGACGAGACUGCAGCAACAUCAAGGACAAUCUUCUGUCAGUCGUCCCCAAGAUCCCCAGCGGCAUUUACAUCGUCCACCCAGAGAACACAGACACUUCAUUUGAGGUUUUCUGUGAGAUGGACUAUAUGGGAGGUGGAUGGACGGUGAUGCAGCGGCGGACUGACGGAUUAACUGACUUCAAACGAUCCUGGGCUGAUUAUGUUGAUGGCUUUGGAAACCUUGCAGGAGAACACUGGUUGGGUCUGAAAAAGGUGUACCAUAUAGUAAACCAGAAAGAUACUCGGUUCCAGCUCCACAUCGCUCUGGUGUCCCAUGAUGACAUCACCUCUUAUGCAUCUUAUGAUGAUUUCCAGCUGGACACUGAAACCAUGUUCUUCGGGAUACACCUGGGCAGAUAUGCAGGCAGCGCAGGUGAUGCAUUUCGUGGCUAUGACCAGGAUCAGAACCAGGACACGGCUCCAUUCAGCGCCUCAGACGUGGACAACGACGGCUGUAAUCCUUCCUGCUCCAUCAACAACCGCACGGUGGAGAGCUGCAGCGCUCAGUACAAUCACACAGGAUGGUGGUUCAACCAGUGCGGCCUGGCAAACCUCAACGGCUCUCCUGAAGAUGCAGAGCACAACAGGGGGCAGAGGACACACAUCCUGUGGGACACCUGGAGACAGAACGGGGUCCCUCACACCAUCAAGUCUGUCACGAUGAAGAUCAGGAGGAUUGCAACCAAUAACUGACAGAGAGGAGGAGGAGGAGAAACAGAGGGAGAAAGCACAUAUUGUAUAAGUUGCACUGCAUCUUUGUACAGCCUGAUGUUUGAAUAAAACAGGAAGGAAGGAU